CUCAAAAGCUGGGUGCGUCCUAGCUACCUUAGCUCUGACCGCGGCCUUGGCCUCAGCCUCAGCCCCGGCCGCAGCUACUACUACUACUCCGUACUGGACACUGUAACAGUAUAGUAGCUGCCUGCCCCUCGCGAUCCUGGCGGACCGUCGUCCCCGUCGCCAUCCUCCAAUCCUGCCUCAUUAGGCACCCAACGAACCAAGUUAAACACUAUACUAUAGUAUCACGGCACUGCACUCUACGCGAGGCAAGGGAGACACACAUACACAGAGGCCGACGGGGGCUGCAACAGGCAGCAAGGCGCAGCACAUCUACCGUACCGCAUCUGGCACCGCGCAGGCAACUCGGUCGCAGCAGCUGACGGAGACAAAGUCACUUACAACCAAGUAACUACCAGGCAAGUACUAACGUUAGUUAACUAAGUUACUCACUCAUUCCGUCACGUGCGCCCGUCAAAGCGGCCCUGCGUGCUCCCCCAAAACUCAACUCUGUUGGCCCUCCUCGCCUUGGACCAACUGGCUUUCGCCCCUCUCUCCCACUCACUCUCUGUCUGAUCUGUCCUCCUGCCCGUUCGCAGGUGAGCUCGAAUGGUGAGAGCGAGCGAGGUGCUUGAUUGCCUGCCUGCCUGCCCUUGAACCACAUCCGUCCCCAGCCCGCCCGCGCUUAUCCACCCCCGCCGACGCCCACUACCCAAACCGGCUGCGACCCUGCAUCUGCAUCGGAGGGGGAGGGGGGCCCAAUUUUGUCGUCACCUGCUGAUCAUCACCUCCCAGGCAGCCUUCCUUUACCGCAGGCCGGCCGCAGCACACCACGGUGGACAAGGAAAAUAAAUCAAAGAGAUUAUCAAGUUUCCAUCCGCCCUGGCAAUAGUACAUACACCUCGCCGGCUGCCUCCGAAUCCCCACCGAGUUGACGACCGUCUUUCUGCUCGUCUCGGCGUCACACACACCCCUCCUGCAACCACCUACAUACCGACCGUUACGACUCACAACCGCCGACACAGGCGACCCCAGCCAAACACAAAAAGUGACGACAUACUCGCCGACGAUCCACCCUAACAACAACGAUCGCGACAGCCCAGUCGCCAAACUCGCCCCCUGCAGCAACGGCCGCCGCCCACAACGCCGCCGACGGACGAGGCGACAACACUGUUGCGUCCGGCGAUGGGGGAGGAGCCGAGUCCUGCCCUGCACGUCAUUGUGCUGGGAUCCGGCGGCGGCCCCCAGGAAUCCAAUACAACAGCGUUCCUUGUGCGCGCCGCCUCGCACAACUGGGCCAAGAGCUCCAUCGUCGCCGUCGAUGCCGGCGUCCACCUCUCCGCCAUUACCCGCCUGCUCCGCGAUGCGCUCGCCUCGUCGCCGCCCGCCGCGGCCUUGCCGCACACGCUUACCUCAGGCCCCUUUGCCGGCCUCACCCUGCCCUUCGCAUCGCCCGAAGCCAACGCCACCCACGUCACCCGCGCCCUCGUCGACACGUACCUCUUCACGCACCCUCACCUCGACCACAUCGCCGGCUUCGUCGUCAACACGGCCGGCCUGCCCGGCACCCGUCCUAAGAAGAUCGCCGGCCUUCCCAGCACUAUCCACGCCUUCAAGACUCACAUCUUCAACAACGUCAUCUGGCCCAAUCUCAGCGACGAGAACAAUGGCGCCGGCCUCCUGACGUACUUGCGCCUCGUCGAGGGAGGCAGCCCUGCCCUCGGCGACGGGGAGGCCAAGGGCUAUCUGGAAGUCUGCGACGGCCUUUUGGUCAAGACCUGGAGUGUAAGUCACGGCCAUUGCAUCGAGCGACACAGCCACCGCGGCUCCUCCGCGUCGAGCGCCUCGCCGCGCUUCGGCAGCCACGACGCAUCCAGCUCGACCUCGCGCCGCGAAGGCCACCCGCUCUACGCGUUUAACCACCACGCCCAGUCAUCGCACUACCCGCCCUCUGCGCCCUCGUCGCAACCCCUGACCCGGAGCCAGACCCUGCUCGGCCAGGCCGCGUUCGGUCCCGGCGGCGCCUCCCCCCAGGCGUCCCCCGAGGUGCAGGAGCGAUACUGCGUCUACGACUCGAGCGCCUACUUCAUACAGGACGCCGACCACCGCCGCGAGGUGCUUAUUUUCGGCGACGUCGAGCCCGACAGCAUCUCUCUCAACCCCCGCAACCUCGGCAUCUGGCAAGAGGCCGCGCCCAAGGUUGCGGCCGGCACCAUGGCCGCCAUCUUCAUCGAGUGCAGCUAUGACGACUCCCAGAGCAACGACCGCCUGUACGGCCACCUCAAACCCGUCUUCGUCGUGGAGGAGCUCGCCGUCCUGGCCGCCGAGACCGAGAUGGCCCGCAGGCUGCAGUCGCUCGAGUCGCGCAAGCGUAAGCGCAUAGCGAGCAUCAGCGAUGAGCCCGGCGGCCGCCCCCACCCCAGCCGGAUGUCGUCGUCUCUCUCCUCCGCUUCGACCCCGGCCGAGGAGCCCGUGUCCCCCAAGUCGGUCAAGCCGACUCCGCUCGCGCCGUCGGCGGCGAGGUCGGCGUUCGAGGUCGCCUCCCCCGACACCCCACACCUCGCCACGCCCACGGACGAGCUGUCUCUGCGUGAGGCGGAGGAGCUGGACAGGGAUGCGGGAGUGCCCCAUCGCCGGCCGCUCGAAGGGCUCACAGUGGUCAUCAUCCACGUCAAGGAUCGGCUGACGGACGGUCCCGACGUCGGGGAGACGAUACUGCAGCAGCUGCGCGAACACGAGCAGGACGCGCGGCUGGGCUGCGAGUUUGUCGUCUCCAAGCCGGGUCAGAGCUUUUACUUUUAG